AUGUCAACCAAAUUUAAAGCUAUCUCUGUUGUUCUCUUUUCAGUUAGUUUUGUACUUUUAAUUGUUGCCUUUUCACAAUAUUGGUAUAGAACAUCGUAUGAGAUCGAUGGAACCAAAACGAUCAUCUACACAAAGUACAACAAAGAAAAUGUGCACGUAGAGACUGGAUCUUCAACUUCGACGCGCGCCAGAGAUUGGAACAACCAGAAAUAUAGAACAAACGAAAAGAAGGCAUACAAUAUUGCGUUGGCAUUGGAUGUACUAGCCUUUGUAUUCAUUACCUUUACUAUGGGUCUUUUACUUUUCUCGUUUAGAGUUGCUGCCACCAAACUCAUCAAAGUGAUGACUAUUAUCCUCGCAUUCGUCUCGCUAGCAUUUACAAUCAUUGGCUUAUCUGUCUUUGCACAGUUGCCAAGUUAUAUCAAACAAGAUCGCGAAGACAACCGUUCUCUAUGUGACGAGCAAUGUGAUGAUUUCAUUGGUAGUAUGGAUGCCAACGACACCCAUUUUGCCUAUAACUCUCUCUCUCUAGUUUCUAUGUAUGUACUUACAGACUGUGUCUCUCAUCAAUACAAUGCCUCUCAAGCAUUGGUUUGUUCUCCAACUUGUGACAUUAUAUUUCAAGUAAUGAGCUCAAGUGACGAAUCAUCAUCGUCCUCGGAAGAGGAAAAGAAGGUCGUACCAAAGAAGGAGACCAAGGUAAAGAAGACCAAAAAGGACACCAAGACCAAGGCCAAGAAGGAAAGCAAGGACAAGAAGAAGAAGAAGAAGAAAGACCCAAAUGCCCCACGUCGUUAUCUCUCUCCAUUCAUUUUCUUCUCCAAGGAACACCGUCCAACCAUCAAGAUUGAAAAUCCAACUGCCAAUUUUGGUGAAAUUGGUGCCCUCCUCGGCAAGAAGUGGGAAACCGUCACCCCAGAAGACAAGAAGAGAUACGAAAAGUUGGCUGCUGAAGACAAGAAGCGUUGGGAAAUGGAAAAGAAGCUCUAUGAUGAAACCAAAAAGGCCGUCGUCGAAUCUGAAUCUAGCUCAGACUCUGAAUCUGAUUAG